ACCAAUUGCCAAUUUUGUUAAAACAAGUUUAUUUCCUCAUUUACUACAGCUGUUGGACGAUACUGACAAUACACUUGCUUGAAAGUAGGGAAAGUGUAUGGUCGUGUUGAUUUCGUUUAUUGGACUUUGAAGAUAGUAAAACAAAAAUGUCUGCGAAAUCGACAACAGUGAAAUCAGUUUCACAGCAACAGGGACCUGCGGUCAAAGGUUACCUUUUUGUAUACAACGCUACGCAAGUGGUUGGAUGGAGUUACAUCCUCUUCCAGUUAGUAAAUUACUAUUUGCUGCAAGGGCCGGAAUUCCGAGCUGGAUUGGGACUUUGGGACUACACUCGCGUUGCAGUCAUCGUAUUCCAAAAUGCCGCCUUUGUUGAAAUUUUAAACGCAGCUUUCGGCUUAGUAAAAUCAAAUCCUGUUAUAACUACAUUCCAAGUGCUGAGUCGAAUGAUGGUAGUUCUCGGAGUCGUUAUGGCUACACCAACGGGUAAAGUGUCGCCUGGGCUACCGAUAGCGCUUUUUGCGUGGGCAGUAACCGAAAUCAUAAGAUAUGGCUACUAUGCUCUCAAUAUUAUAAACUUUAUGCCAUACAUUGUGGUUUUUCUACGAUACACAACAUUUAUAGCUCUUUAUCCAAUUGGCGUAACCGGCGAGCUGCUAUGUUUUUGGUGGGCACAAGGAUUUGCCAAAUCAAACACAAUUUGGUCAUUGCAAAUGCCAAAUAAAUGGAAUGCCACAUUUUCAUAUUUUGCUCUGCUGUGGAUUGUAAUGCUCUUGUAUAUACCUCUAUUCCCGCAAAUGUAUCUCCACAUGUUUGCGCAACGGAAGAAGAUUUUGGGAGGAAACGGCAAUAAAACCCAGCAGACGAAGAAAACUAAUUAAGUAAUAUAUAAUAAUAUUUACCAACUAUGUUACUUUGCAUUUGAAUAUACAUAUGAAUGUACAUAUAUAAA